UAAAGCUUUUCUUUAGAUACUUUAAAAAACACACACACAAAGAAAAUGUCUGAAUUCAGCCAAAACUCUGAUCAAGAAGAUAUCUGUUCUGAGGAGCUAGACGAAGAUGAAAUCUUAGCAAACCUGUCCCCUGAAGAACUGAGGGAACUACAGAGUGAAAUGGAUGUCAUGGCUCCAGACCCUCAAGUGCCGGUUGGAAUGAUACAGCGAGAUCAGACCGAAAAAACUCCGACGGGAAAUUUUGAUCACAGAUCUCUUGUUGACUACCUGUAUUGGCAGAAGGAAUCAAGGCGUAUGCAUGAGGACGAAAGGGUCCCAGUCACUCUUUUACCAUCUGAGAGACUCACUGGAGAGAGGUCUGAAGAAAAUGUAAGAGAUUUUGACAAGAGUGAAAUGGCCAAUGGCACCACAGAUGUAGAAAGAAAUGAAACCUAUGGAAACAAAUGGCCCACUGAACUAGACACAAAGGAAACAAAUGGAGAUGUGAGAGACUAUAAGGAGAAUGAAGAGGAGGAGGAAAAGGAGGAGGAAGAAGAAAAUGAAGAAGAAGAGGAGGAGGAGGAGGAAGAAGAAGAGGAAGGGGAAGAGGAGGAAGAAGGAGAAGAGGAAGAAGAAAAUAAAGAGAAUGGAAACAAUAAGGAAGAUCUGGAAACAAAGAAACUAUAUGAUGAUGAUAGCAGAAGCACAGAAUCAAGGGAAACUCCUGAAAAAGAAGAAAACAAUGAAAUGAAAGCAUCGAAAUUAAAUAUUCCUCAAAAAUUAGCUCUAGAUACUAGUUUUAUAAAAUUGAGUGCAAGGCCUUCAGGAAAUCAAACUAAUUUAGAGGAGAGCCUGAGAAAAGUCCGGAAGAAUGAUCCAAACAUGAUGGAACUCAACUUGAACAAUAUUGAGAACAUCCCUAAGGAAAUGCUGGUAGACUUUGUCAAUGCCAUGAAAAAGAACAAGCACAUCAAAACAUUCAGUUUAGCCAAUGUGGGGGCCGAUGACAACGUUGCUUUUGCCUUAGCCAACAUGCUGCGUGAAAACAGGAGCAUCACUACCUUGAACAUCGAAUCCAAUUUCAUCUCAGGCAAAGGGAUUGUGGCCAUUAUGAGGUGCUUGCAAUACAACGAGAAGCUGACUGAGCUACGUUUUCACAACCAGAGAAGUAUGCUGGGCCAUCAAGCAGAAAUGGAAAUCGCAAGACUAUUGAAAGCAAACCCGACGUUACUGAAGAUCGGCUAUCAUUUUGAACUUCCUGGUCCCAGGAUGGUGGUUACUAAUCUACUCAGCAGAAACCUUGAUAAACAGAGACAAAAAAGAAUAGAGGAACAAAAGCAGCAACAGUUGAAGGAGCAGAGGGAGAUAAUAGCCAUGCUAGAGAAUGGACUUGGGUUGCCUCCUGGGAUGUGGGAGAUGCUAGGUGGGCCAAUGCCUUCUUCAGUGGUGCCUCCACCCAUGCAGCCUCCAAAGUCACCAAUCCUGUCUGUUACUAGUAAAAAAGAACCUGUAAGAAAGCCAGCCCCUGAACAAGAAAGGAGUGAAGAUCCACCCUCUUUCAAAAUUGUGAAACUCAAGAGAACCCAGCGCAAACCCACUAUAGAACAAUACGUGGAGCCAGCUGAAAAAACCAAUCUUAAAGAUGUGAUCAAGACACUUAAACCUAUUCCGAGAAGACGGCCACCUCCUCUGGUAGAAGAAACCCCUCGCGAUAAGCUGCUGAGUGAUAUCCGUCAGAGCAAUGUAGCUUAUCUUAAACCAGUGCCUGUUCCCAAAGAACUGGCGUAAAACACCCUGUUCAGUUGAAGGAAACAACUUGAGAAUAUACAGACUAUGCAAGUGUUGCUUCAGAUCAUUUCAGGGGCUGUUUCCCUCAGGCAGAAGACUCAAAGGUGUGGGAACAACGCGUGAAGCAUGCAUCCUGUUGAAGUGAUGAUCAAAAGAGGUAGAAUGCAAGUAUACACAGUGAA